AUGCGCGCCGAAAACCACAAGCGCCGUACGUUUGAGCAUGAACCGGAGGAGAAUUUAGGACAGCUUCGGCCUCACUUGAAUACCCAAGCUGACCCCGUCCCGGACGGUGGCCUCAACGCUUGGCUUCAUGUCCUCCUCGUCCACAUCGUCUUCUUUAACACCUGGGGCGUCGCAAACGGCUACGGGAUUUUCCAGCAAUACUACACCGAGACCUUGGAUCAGUCUGAGUCAUCGAUAUCAUGGAUCGGCAGCGUCCAAGUUUUCCUCUUGUUCUUCAUCGGUGUGCCUGCGGGACGCUUGACCGACGCAGGGUAUUUUCGACUCGUCUUUUCUUGUGGGGUAUUUCUCCAGGUUCUCGGCCUCUUGAUGACCUCUUUCUGCAAGACGUACUGGCAAAUCUUUCUGGCACAGUCUGUUUGCCUAGGCCUCGGCAACGGGGCGACAUUUUGCCCAGCCCUGGCCGUUCUAUCGCAGUACUUCGACAAACGACGGUCAUUCGCCGUUGGCCUAGCUGCUGCCGGCGCGGCCGUGGGCGGGCUUGUUUAUCCAGUCCUCAUCAAUUGGCUAAGCAUCAACCAUGCGGUUGGUUUCCCAUGGGCUGUGCGAAUAUCGGCCUUUAUUAUGCUCUCGACCUACAUCCCUUGCCUGUUGUGGUUCAAACCACGGCUCGCACCCAGGACAAGCGGGCCAUGGAUCGACACCUCGGCUUUUCUCGAACUGCCAUUUAUCUUCUUCUCGCUCAGCAUGUUUCUCAACUUCUGGGGCCUGUACCUGGCAUUCUUCUACUUGGGAACAUUUGCUCGUGACCGGAUCGGCGUUGCGGAGCCUGUCUAUCUGUUGAUGAUACUCAACGGCGUGGGCAUAUUCGGACGUGUGCUACCGACAAUCGUCGCGGAUAAGUGGACUGGGCGGUUCAACAUCCUGAUCCCACUUAGCCUUCUGGCAAGCCUGCUCAUGUAUUGUUGGGCCGCUGUGGUCUCCAAGGCUGGACUUUUUGUCUUUGCCGGAAUCUACGGGUUCAUCGCCGCUGCGCUACAGGCUCUCUUUCCAGGAGUAGCCACAACAAUGACCCCGGACCCGAACAGGACUGGAACGAGAGUGGGGAUGAUCCUGGGUUUUGUCAGUUUCGCCAACCUGACGGGCCCAGCAAUCUGUGGAGUGUUGAUUCGCAAGGAGGGCGGGAACUAUUUCGGCGCGCAAAUGUUUGCGGCGUCGUCCAUUCUGCUCGGAGCAUUCAUGGCAUUAGCGGCGCGCGUUGCGCAAACCGGUUUAGUUAUGCGAGUCAAGGCAUAA